AUGGACUCACUUCUGGAGCAUGUGGAUCGUUUCUCUGAGGUUCUGGCUGUCUCCCGCACAACCCACGUCAGCACUUGGGACCCCGCAGCCGUUCGCAGGGCUUUACAGUGGGCGGGCUACCUGCGCCACAUCCACAGGCGCUUUGGCCGCCAUGCCCGUAUUCGCAAAGCUCUGGAGCAGCGACUGCAAAACCAGUGGAAGCAGGAGGGUGACUCUGGGCCCGCUCCAGCCCCAGGCUUGGCGAACUUCCAGGCCUUGGGGCACUGUGACCAGCUGCUGUCUCUGCGACUGCUGGCGAACCCGGCCCUCGGAGAUGCCUCCUUUCACUUCCUGCUACAGCAGCUCUUUCCCGGCCCCGGCGUUCCGGACGCCGAGGAGGAGGUGCUCCAGGGCAGCCUGGCCCGCUUCGCCCGCUGCCGGGCCGCUGCCCACAUGCUGCGCUUCCACGCCUACAGGGAGAACCCAGUCCUUCAGAAGGACUCAGUGAUGAAGACGCAGGCGGAGCUGCUUCUGAGGCGUCUGCAGGAGGUGGGGGAAGCCGAAGCUGAGGGCCCUGGCAGGCUUCUCAGCCGCCUGUGGGAGCGCCUGCCCCAGAGCAACUUCCUGAAGGUGGUGGCGGCCGCGCUGCUGCUGCCGGCGGCAUCCCCCCGACUCCAAGAAGAGGAAUUGGGAGUAGGCAGCCCCAGAACACCGGGAGACGGGCGUCAAGAGCUGCUUCGUUGGCUUCUGGGGAAAGCAGAUAUCGCGGUUGCCUUUUGCCGCAACCUCCCAGCCGAGCUUUUAACUUCCGUGGCGGGGCGCCAUCCAGAGCUGUCCCCUGUCUAUCUGGGUCUGCUCACAAACUGGGGUCGCCAACUGCACUAUGACCUUCCGAAAGGCCUUUGGAUUGGAACUGAGCCCCAGGAUGUGCCCUGGGAGGAGUUGUUCAGCAGGUUUCAAAGCCUCUGUCAGGCCCCUCCUCCUCUGAAAGAUGAAGUUCUAACUGCCCUGAAGUCCUAUAAGGCUCAAGAUGGAGAUUUCGAAGUCCCUGGUCUUAGCAUCUGGACAGACCUGUUGUUAGCUCUUGGGAGUCUUGUAUGAUAUUGCACUGGGGAAGAGACAAGUUUUCAGCCCAGGCCCCAGUUCUCAGUGGGCAACAUUGUGUUCCUGAUUACUCGAAUGUAUGGUUUACAAAAUUAAAAUUCCUGU